UAAUUUUAGCAAAGACGCAACAACCCGAUCUCAUAACUUUGCGUACAAAUAACACGACUUUCCACCUUCCCUUUGCGUGCAAUGCAUACGCCAAAAUCCGUUUUUGCGUGCAUAUGAUACGCCAGUCCUUCCCAUUCAUUUCUUUGGAGAACAGAUGCGUCCAUAUGCCACGCACCAACUUUAACGGCGAUGACGUCAUCAACGAGACUCGGUUCAACGCCAGUUCACCUGAUGAGCAUCGACAUUGAAUCAAAAAAAAAAUGCCAGGAGGAUCAACUUUCAGGAAGUGCCCCCAUUGCAUGGAGAGACUCAACUGUGCAAAUAGAAAGUGCACAAAGUGUGGGAAACUGCUUGAUCUGAAAUCCAGACAGACAGCAAGAAUGAAGGUGUUCCGGGGCCAAGCACAAGAAUGGGCCAAGAAAAUGAAAAAAUCACGCAAUCAAGCAAAGGUUUUUGACAGUAGUGCCCUACUGGUGGAAAAACUGAAGGCCCUUGGAUACUUUCCCCUCCUGCUGUGGGGAAAGUAUCAUCCUCAAAAAAAAAAAUGGACAGCCCAGCUGCAGUGCCCAUUUCAGUUGCCAGUUGUUGCACAUGGGGUUAUGGAAAAGAUAAUGUGCCUCUUUGAAGGUCUGUUAGAAGGAAUCCUGCUGUCAAAAUUGCUGCUAAAAAGAAAAGACAUAAAAGAAGCCAACCCAAGGAUGAUGCCUGCCAGUUUCACAGCAAAUUGGAAAUUUUUCCAGUACAAUAUGUGUCCAAGACACGUGAAAACAAGGGCUGUAAAGAAGUACUGGUUCAUUGGCACCCGUGCCCAUCAUGCCAAAAGACCUGGCCCCCAUCUUGGGAACCACAGGGGAACAUACAAAUGACAGUGUCAGGUUGAUGCCAACUUUCCUACCACCUAAAAUGAGAUUAAGAGAAAUAGUGUUAAUACUAAUUAUCUCCAUUAAAGCUAUACAUGACUGAAUAAAAUGGAUUUUCUGUCGACAACAAAACACAUGAUUGUAGCGUUCUGAUUGGCAGGUUCAGCCUUUUCAUUUCACAGUUCUGGUAAUCUGAGUUAUAAAUAUGGAAUUGGGAGUUUAUAUAACAGUAUAAUUAAAAAGACUGUCAAUAAAGUCAUAAUUGUGAGAACUAUAUAAAGAAAGUCUGCUAAAAGUUCAGUUGUCACCUUGGUGGUUCAAAUAAAAAAUGUUAUUUUUCCCAUGGAACUGUGUUGUGUGGACAAAAAUAAAAGUUGAAUGGAUUGAAA